AUGGCGGCGACUCAACUUACAGCAUCACCAGUGACUGUGUCAGCGAGGAGCUUAGCCUCGCUUGAAGGUCUUCGAGCUUCGAGUGUCAAGUUUUCUUCUUUCGGAACUUUGAAACCAGGGACCCUUAGGCAGAGCCAGUUCCGUCCUUUUGUUGUUAAAGCUGCUGCUGUGGUAGCUCCUAAGUAUACUUCGAUAAAACCAUUGGGCGAUAGAGUGUUGGUGAAGAUCAAGGAAGCAGAAGAGAAGACCAUAGGAGGUAUCUUACUUCCAUCCACAGCUCAAACAAAACCUCAAGGAGGUGAAGUUGUUGCUGUUGGUGAAGGAAGAACUAUUGGGAAAACCAAAGUUGAUAUCACUGUCCCGACUGGAGCACAGAUUAUCUACUCUAAAUACGCAGGAACUGAGAUAGAUUUCAAUGAUGUGAAGCAUCUCAUUCUCAAGGAAGAUGAUAUUGUUGGCAUCCUUGAGACUGAAGACAUCAAAGAUCUCAAGCCCUUGAACGACCGAGUCUUUAUUAAGGUUGCUGAGGCAGAGGAGAAAACAGCUGGAGGGUUGUUGUUAACUGAGACUACCAAAGAGAAGCCUUCUGUUGGCACGGUGAUAGCGGUUGGACCAGGUUCUCUAGACGAGGAAGGUAACCUUACUCCACUACCAAUAUCGACUGGAAGCACAGUUCUUUACUCCAAGUAUGCCGGUAACGACUUCAAGGGCAAAGAUGGUUCCAACUACAUUGCCCUAAGAGUUUCUGAUGUGAUGGCUGUGCUCUCUUAG